AUGUCCGCCACAAGCAACAGUCCUACGGCCACGGGUCCUUCUCCUUCUUCCUCGUCCCACAACCCCGAGUCUGAAGCCAAAGAGACACCUUCUCCCACCAAUACAACACAGUCCAACAUGAUACAUCCCGAGCAGGAUGCUGAACAGCAUGCAUCCCUCAUCAAGGAGGCUCCUCAUCCAAAAUGGAAGCCAUCGGCCACAGAGGCACUGGUUAUGGUGACCCUGGCCAUCAUCUCUUUGAUGGUCAGCCUCGACGCCACCGUCAUUGUCACUGCCUUGUCGACAAUCGUCCAGGCUUUAGAUGCGACGUCCACCCAAGGGUUUUGGAUAGGCACCUCCUACCUCCUUGUCGUCGCGGUGACCAUGCCAUUCACUGCCUCAAUCAGUGACAUUGUUGGACGUCCUCAGACCCUCUUCACAGUCUUGUUGAGCUUCACCGUCGGCACCAUCCUUUGUGCCACCGCUCACAGUAUCGGUAUCAUGCUCGUGGGCCGUUGCCUGCAGGGCAUCGGUGGUGGUGGCGUCAUUAUUCUUUCCCUCGUUAUCUUUUCCGACAUUGUCCCUCUACGAUUCCGGCCACAAUACGUCGGUGUCCUUCAAGGCGCAUGGGCCUUAGGCAGCGUCAUUGGACCGAUCAUCGGCGGCGCCUUCGCGAGCCCAACUCGCUGGCGCUGGGUCUUCUAUCUGAUGUUGCCCUUUUGUGGCGUGGGGUUGGUCUUCGUGCCGCUCUUCGUGCGGCUUAGGCGUCCCGAGGCCACCCUGAAGGAGAUGCUGGGCCGUGUCGACUGGAUCGGCGGGGUCCUCUUCAUCUCAUCGGCGACCAGCUUCCUGAUCGCCAUCUCGUGGGGCGGCACAAUCUAUGCCUGGAACCACUGGAGAACCUUGGUACCCUUGCUGAUCGGCCUGGCCGGCCUCGUGGCUACCAUGAUCUGGGAACGAUUUGGCGCCAAAGAGACGGCAUUCCUGAGGCAUUCGCUCUUCCACGUGUGGUCGGCUCACGCCAUCUACUUUGGCGCUUUCGCUCAAGGCCUAAUUCUUUACGCCCAGCUCUACUACAUCCCCUUCUUCUUCGAGUCUGCCAAACUGUACUCUCCGAUCCGCACCGGCGUCUCCCUCCUGCCCGUGUUGCUGACGCUGGUGCCCGCCUCCAUCAUCGUCGGCGCCGCGAUCACGCGGACCGGCAAAUUCCGCUGGGCCAUCACCACGGGCUGGGUCCUGACCACCGUGGGGACGGGCCUGAGCAUCUCAUGGGUCCGGGGCACCCAGACGGCCGUGUGGGCGGUAGAGAUGAUCGUCCUAGGCUUCGGGCACGGACUCAAUCUCAACGCGCUGAACACGGCCUCGCAGGCGGCGUGCAAGCCCGGCGACGAGGGACGCGCGGUCGGCAUGUACGCAUUCUUGCGCAGCUUCGGCAUGGCCAUCGGCGUGGGCGUGGGCGGGUCGGUAUUCCAGAACGUGAUGAAGUCGAAGCUCGCGGCGCUGGGCCUGCCCACGGACAUCGCGCUGCGCGCCGAGGCGUACCUGGAGGUGCUCAAGCGGAUGCCGGCCGACUCGCCGCAGCGCGCGGCCGCGGUCGACGCCUACAUCGCCGGGUUCCACGGCGUCUUCGGCUUCCUGACGGGGCUGGCGGGGCUGGCUCUCGUCGUCGGCCUCUUCGUCCAACACUUCGAGAUCAACAAGGAGCUCAUCACAGAGCACAAGCUCGUCAGCGAGUCGCGCAUCAGCUGGCGCCGCGGGAGCCACAGCCAGGCGGGCACCCGCAGUGGCCUCUCGACCGCCGACCACUCGCGUCUGCCGAGUCCUGAGCGCGGCAGCCAGAUGGCCGUUGCCGAGCAGGUCUAA